AUGAGCGGUGACAAGGAUCAAGCACAGCCUGGGAUCAACUCUGAGGCUCUCAAAAAUAAAGAUCAAUUAGUAGUCAACAGUUCAAACAAUGUCAAUUCAAGUGAUGAGGAGCUUUACCCAUUGGCUCUUUUGAUGGACGAGCUGAAACACGACGACAUUGGCAAUCGCGUUGAAGCCAUGAAAAAGCUGGAUACUAUCGCCUUGGCUUUAGGCCCCCAAAGAUCGCGGGAUGAGUUGGUUCCGUUUUUGACCGAAGUGGCGCAGGAUGACGAAGACGAAGUCUUCACUGUGUUGGCAGAGCAACUGGGAAAAUUCGUGCCGUUCAUCGGAGGGUCCAAGUUUGCUACUCUGCUGUUACCAGCUCUGGAGAUUUUGGCGUCCACAGAAGAAACUCUUGUUCGCGAGAAAGCCGUUGAGUCGCUGAACCAUGUUGCCCAGGAGCUUUCUGAGGACCAGCUUUUCCACGAUUUCAUUCCGCUCAUCGAACAUCUUGCAACGGCGGAUUGGUUUUCUUCAAAAGUCUCUUCUUGUGGCCUAUUCAAGUCAGUGCUAGCAAGGGUGAAAGAUGACAAGUUCAGGAAAGAACUACUUGCAUUGUAUCUACAGCUGAUCCAAGACGAUACCCCCAUGGUCAGACGUGCUGCCGGCAAAAACUUGCCAGUGUUGAUAGAUUUGCUCACCCAAAAUCCAGAUUUGUCUACUACUGACGAUUGGGACUAUAUCUCUAAUAUGUUCCAAAAAAUCAUCGGGGAUGCUCAAGAUUCAGUUAAAUUUUUGGCUGUUGACGUCUUAAUCUCCAUAUUGAUGUUUUUUAACAAGAAAGAGGACAUCACGCAUUCGAAAGACCUGCUUAGAUCUGCUAUUCAGCUGAUUACAGAUGAAUCCUGGCGAGUUCGCUACAUGGCUGCAGAAAGAUUCGAAGAUUUAGCUUCUCAAUUUGAAUCCAAUCCCCAAUACAUCGAAGAACUAUCUGGUCCAUUCCUGUCUCUCUGUGAAGAUAAUGAGAGUGACGUUCGAAAGGGAGUUGCCAAACAGCUCCCAGGUUUUGCUAAACUAUUGAAUAACCCUCAGGUUGUUUUGAAGAAGGUUUUGCCGGCGGUACAGAAUCUGAGCAUGGAUGAGAGCGAGCUGGUGAGAGCUUCGUUAGCUUCUGAAAUUACCAAUUUGGCUCCACUAGUCCCUAAACAAGACGCAAUUGAUAGCUUGAUACCUAUACUGCUCAACAUGCUAAAAGAUGAAUAUCCUGAUGUACGCUUGAACAUCAUUGCCAAAUUGAAGGUUGUAAAUGAAGUUGUGGGAAUCGAUUUGCUAUCCGAAAGUCUCUUACCAGCAAUAACGGAACUUGCUAAAGAUGUCAACUGGAGAGUUCGCAUGGCGAUUAUCGAUUAUGUCCCAUUACUUGCGGAGCAGCUAGGUGUGGAAUUUUUUGAUCAACAAUUAGGUGACUUGUGCUUGUCCUGGCUGUGGGAUACGGUUUAUUCGAUAAGAAGCGCAGCCGUCGUUACUUUGCAAAGUUUGACAAAGAUAUUCGGAUCAGAAUGGUCUAGUGAAAAAAUAAUUUCUCGACUUUUGAAGUCCGAUUCACAGUUGCUAGAGAACUUUGUCUACAGAAUAACACUUCUUUCUGCAUUAACCGAACUGGUACCUGUUGUUUCUGUUGACGUGACGACGCAAAAAAUCCUUCCCUUCAUAAACCACUUAGCUGACGAUGCUGUGCCCAACAUAAGAUUUAACGUGGCCAAGUCGUACGUGGAGGUAGUCAAAAGCCUAGGCCCAAAUAAGAGCCAAUACAAGGAUUUGAUCAAUAAGAGUAUCAUUACUUCGUUGGAAAGACUUCGGGAUGACGAUGAUAUGGAUGUCAGAUAUUUCUCCACUCAAAGUUUAAAGCAAUGCGAGGCUAUUCUAACAUAA